AAAGUCAAGGUCGUUGUUAACUUAACCUACGAUUUUGUUUUCGUUUAUAAUUAUUUUUUUUACGUUGGAUUAUUUUCACAACCAUUUGCGAAGAAGGAAGUGAUGAGUGAUGGCGAACGCGGUGGUGCUGGUGUACUUGUCGCUGCUCGCUAAUUCCGUUUUCAGCCUACUCGACGAUGACGCCGUCUGCAAGCGCGUCUCCAGCUGCAGGUGCGAAACGGAGGACGGCAUCAUCAUGGACCUGACGACGAUGCUGCUGCCCGACGACAAGUUCCUCUCGGCAGAGAAACACGAUCUGGUGUACUAUUAUCACGGAUGCGUCGAUACUAAAUUCGAGAUCGCCCAACCAAAUAAGACCGGAACGGAUGCCUGUUUCGGACAAACAAUUGCCGCUUGCCUGCGGACCAGCGACAACCAGACUUUCAUCGUCGGUCAUUCGAAAGACUCCGUGUUCAGCGACGAUCCGAACGGCCUGACGCAGAUCACCUACGAGUUCAACAAUGAAAAAAAGAUCAAAGUUACAACUGUGAUCACAAUGAUUUGCACACCUGAAUCGAAGGAGAACGAACUGGUGAUCCACAGUAUCGAUGAUCAACAGCAUCAUUUGCAUCUGUUCACGAAGAGCGCUUGCAAAUUCAAAGUGGAGCAGAGCUUGAGCGUCGGCAGCAAACUGGUGAUAAUGUUGUUCGUGUUCUCGUUGGUGUACCUGGUGGGCGGCGGUUGCAUCUCGUACUUCCUGCGGGGGGCGCGCGGUCGCGAGAUCGUGCCGCACGUCGAGUUCUGGGUCGGUCUUCCCGGUCUCGUCAAGGACGGAUUCGUGUUUCUCCUCAACGGAUGCAAUCCGACGAUGGUUUCCACGGCGGAGGCCUACGACGAAAUCUGAGCAGCUGCUGCUGCUGCUGCUGUCAUCCUUUCUUUACCUUCUUUCACCCUUAUUAUCGUUUUUCUUCCCCUUUUACAAACACUUCAAUAUUAUCGUUAACAUUUUGCUUCGUCUGCUGAAAGAGAAAUAAUGUUACAUGCAUUGUGGGCAGAUUAAGUAAGAUGAUGAUGAUGUUGAUUUGCGCACACUAAAGGACGUUAAAAUCAAGUUUUUUUUUAACAGAUCAAUUUUCGGUUCAAUAUUUUCUUUAUUAAAUUCAAUAACAUAUAAAUUAAUAGAAUUACUUUAAUAAUAAUAAUUAUUAUAAUAAAUGGUUUGUUCUUUCUUCUCGUCUUUUUGAAUUCUAUUUUGGGAACUGCUUCUUCUGCUUCAUAUUCUUCGUCCUCAAUCAAUUGUCUACAAUGCUAUACAUAUAUAUAAAUAAUUGUAAAUAUAAUGGAAGAAGAACCAAAAAUAUAGGGGGAGAAAGAGGAUGUGUAUAAUUGGUUGCGUCCUAGUUUCCUUCUUCAUUUGUUUUUGAUUAUAUGAUUCGCACUCCUGAUUUCGCAUCGCCUUAUUGUUAUUUACAGCGAAAAAAAA